CCCCCAAGAUGCUUGCCAUAUCCCAAACUUAGCCGGAAGCCUCCAAUUGCACGACCUGGUCGGCUGAUCGCAAAACCGAAUAGGCCACCAUCCCCCAAGGCCAAGCCGUUCCUCUGCCGCCCCCGUCGGUCCAGCACCGUCGGGCUGCCCUCUACCUUCCCUCUGAAUGGCGGAAAAUUACAUGGACAAUUCUCCGUCCGUCUUGGUACUCGUUGA